AAAAUUGAAACCUCCCCAUGUAUGGGUUGAGGCCCAACAAAGGCCCAGUUAUCUAAAAUGUCUCUACGGCUGCCCCUAGCACCUUGAGCUGCCGUGCCGGGACAAGGAGAAUAUGGAAGAAGACCUGGACGAUGUCGUUCCAUGUACAUCCCUCGCCGUCGAGUCUAUCCUUCGAGUCGGAACGGCCGGUGCAAUUUGGGGUUUGUGUACUGGUCCCUACGACGCUCGUACACAGGGUCUUAAAGGCAUUGCCCGAGCUUAUUUUGUGGCAAACUCGGUUCGCGUAUUUGGGACUCAAUGCGGACUUGUAGCUGGAGUUUUCAGCAUUACUCACUGUGGUGUUAAGAAAUACAGGAGGCGCAAUGAUUGGGUCAAUGGUUUGAUUGGGGGAGCUGCAGCAGGUGCAGCUGUUGCUGCUAGGACACGAAGUUGGCCGCAAGUGAUUGGGAUGGCCGGUUUGGUUUCUGUUUUCUGUGCUGCAGCUGACUAUUCUAGAACAUAAAAUGCCUAGAAGGAUAUCUGAGGGUCAUAAGUAUCUCAGGAUACUCAACAAGCAUAAUUGUUUGCUUUUUGUUGUUUACAACAUGUAUAUGUAUAUAUUUAUGUGCCUAAUAGAGUAAUUUCAAACUUUUUUUUUCUGUUUGUAGCCUACACUCAAUACAUCACAAUAAUGUUCUUCCUUGUACUCCAAGUAAUGCAUGUUUCUCAUAGUUGGAAUUUUUUUUA